AUGUUUCAAUCAUUUCGACAUCAUCAUCCUCGUCAAUAUCCUGCACCAGGGAAUGAAACAACACAUUAUCAGAUCUUCCGAGAAAGAUUUACAGAUGUAGUUACAAAUAAUCUUCAAACUAGUCCUACAUUUACAGUUGGUAUUAAUAAGUUUUCUGAUUGGGCUCCAUACGAAUUAGAGGUUCUUCGUAGUAAUCGUCCACCAUCAUCUACUGCACGCACUAAACUUAUCGCGAUGCAUUCUUUUGGGACGCAACAAACGAGUUCAUCCAGUAAAAGGACGAAUGCACCAACAUCAACAACAUCGACUACAUUUGAUUAUACAACACGAGUUUCAGCAUUAAAUAGCAGUACACAUAUUAUAGGACCACUCAGAGAUCAAGGACAAUGUGGAAGUUGUUAUGGCUUUGCUAUAAUUGCUUUAUUUGAAGCUCAAUAUGCAUUUCAUUAUGGGCUACCAGUAAAUAUGAGUGAUCAACAAAUAGUUGAUUGUUCAACACAUGAUUACGGAUGUAUUGGUGGUUAUUUUGAUACAUCAUUUGAUUAUGUAAAAAGUUAUGACUGGUAUAUAGAUAGUAAUUUAACUUAUCCGUAUAAAGGUGUUGCCUCUACUUGUUCAGCUAAAAAAUCAGGAGGAUACUCUAUUGUCCUUUAUGGAUGCCUCUAUGUCGGUUCAGAUUGUUCUGGUCGUACAACAUCAUCUUGUCUAGUUGAACCAAACGCUGCAAACAAAAUUAUGACUACAUUUCAAAGUUAUACAGAUGAUAUUUUUCAAGCAUCUGGAUGUACAACAUCAGCAAAUAAUAACAAUCAUGCAAUGGUUAUUGAGGAUUCAUGGGGUGAUGAAUGGGGAGAAAAUAGUUAUGUUAGAAUUGCUCGUGGUGUCAACAUGUGUAAUGUUGAAUCUGAUGCUUUUUUAACCGCUAAACCCGCAUCUUAA